GUCAAAACGUUAAGCAAGCAAGCCGCGACUGUGUCGUGGUCGAAAACUCGUUUAUUUUUUAGUUUUUAAUUAUAAAUAGACCGAAAAUGUAUUAUGUAAAGUGCAAAAAUUUGAUCUAUAACAAUUAAUACGUUUUUAAUUUAGUAUUUCGUUUGUGUAGAAUAAGUUUAAACAGUGAAAAUGUUCAAUUACAAGUACCUCAGCCGCGAACACCUUGAAGGGUUCGAUAAUUAUAAGUAUAUGGCCAUAGACACCAGUCCUCUGAGUGUGUAUGUUAUGCAUCCUUUUUGGAACAAAGUUGUAGAGUUUGUACCAAAAUGGGUGGCACCAAACGUUUUGACGUUCGGCGGGUUCCUCCUCAUAGUAUUGAACUUUAUGCUGCUCUCGUACUACGACUACGAUUACUACGCCGCCAGCACGCCGUUGUACAACGAGACCGUCACCGAGUCGCCAUUGAAUGGCCAUGUUGAAGUCAUACCACAGUCCUUGUGGUAUUUCAUUGGGAUUUUCUUGUUCCUGGCUUAUACUUUAGAUGGUAUCGACGGCAAGCAAGCCCGCCGCACUCAGACCUCGGGUCCGCUUGGAGAGCUAUUUGACCACGGCCUAGACUCGUACACAGUAUUCUUCAUUCCGGCCUGUCUAUACUCCAUAUUUGGUCGGUUAGACUACUCCAUACCGCCUAUCAGAAUAUACUACGUGAUGUGGAAUCUUCUAUUGAACUUCUACAUCAGCCACUGGGAGAAGUACAACACUGGUGUUCUGUUCCUACCCUGGGGAUAUGACUUCAGUAUGUGGGCAUCAACAGCGUUCUUCCUGUGGACGGGUGUGAAAGGCACGGGUUUCUACAAGAAGUAUGUUUUCGGCGGGUACACAUUAGCCAACGUGUUCGAAGUAUUAAUCUACGGUACGGGAGUCGUCACCAACUUACCUGUAGCACUUUAUAAUAUUUAUAAGUCGUACAAACUACGCACAGGCAAGAUGCGUUCUCCGACGGAAGCGUUGCGCCCUCUAUGGUCGUUUGCGUCGAUGUUGCUAGUCUGCUCAGUAUGGGUGCACAAGUCUAGCCGACUGCCCGAGUACGACCUCAGAGCUCUGUUCCUCCUCAUUGGAACCCUGUUCAGUAAUGUCGCUUGUCGUCUAAUAGUGAGUCAGAUGAGCAACCAGCGCAGUGAGCGUACAAACGUGUUGGUGUACCCGCUAUGCGCGGCGGCCGGCCUGUCCUUGCUGCAGCCGCAGUACGAGCCCGCCGCAUUCUACGCCGUCACCGCACUCACUGUACUCGCACAUAUACACUACGGGGCCUGCGUCGUACGACAGAUGUGCGAUCACUUCCGAAUAAACUGCUUCUAUAUAAAGCAAAGGUCAGAUUGACUCUUAGACGACAAUGCGUGUUAGUAACAUAACAUUUAUAUAACACUAAACAGGUCUCAUUGGUAAAUUAACAACAUUGUGUACACCGCCUUACAUUUACCUGAAAAUAACGGAGCUAGAUUAUUUUAUAAAUAUUCUCCAUAUAAAACUUUAAUGGUUAUUUCCAUGUCUGAAAAGUGAUUAAAACCAUUUUAAUGUAGUGACAAUGUUUUCUUUAUAAUUACAAUUUGACGCUACAUUAAUUAUUGAGAUAAUUGACAAGAACAACUAACAAGACCUUAGGUCUCAGUGGUGCCAUCUAAGCAUGACAAAAGAUAAAUUUGAUUUGACAUAAAAUAAUCUAGUUUCUGUCUUCUAUCACAUUGAGGUGUUUAUUUUAUUAUAAAGAAUAUUUUUCAUACGAAAAUUCACCCUAAAAACGCAAUAGAACUGCUUACUAGUAUAAACAGAAACAGUGUUCCUUCAACUAGAUAAAAAAGUAAAACCAUAGAUUUACAGAAUACAGAAGUACAUUAUGUUGUUAUCGUUUAUAAUAGAAAACAAAAAAAAAUGUUAUGUUAUUUUUAUAAGGAUUGUGCACACAGGAAAUGCUAUAUUUUAUUAAAUAAUCAUACAU